CGCGGCGGCGGGGCGGGCAGCGCCGCGGCCCAGGCCGUGCGGUGCGAGCGGGCGGUUCCGGCCCUUCCUUCCCUUCCCUUCCUCCCCCGGGCGGUGCCGCCGCCGAGCGGCCCUAGUGCCCGCCCGCCCCCCCGACCCACCCGCCGCCCAGCCCAGGUUUUACAUCUGCACAAGAACCAAGCUUGAGAACCAUGGCAUCCAUCCCAUCCAGCGGCUCGCUCAUGGCGACACACAACUACUACAGAAGACGCCUGAGUUCCACCUCCAGCAACAGCUCCUGCGGCAGCUCGGAGUAUUCUGGGGAGGUCAUCCCCCACCCCCCGGGCCUGCCCAAGUCUGACCCCGGCCACUGGUGGGCCAGCUUCUUCUUUGGGAAGACGACUCACCCAGCCAUGACAACCGUGUCAGAGUCCCCUGAGAGCUUGGGAGCUCUGCGGGUGACCACAGGACCGAUGGCAUGUGGCUUGGUGCCAGCCCCGGGGGCAGGACGGAGGCGCCACGCCAGCGAGCCCAGCUCUGGGCCCUCAGCAUGAGCGGGUCGGCGGCUGCUCCCCAGCCCGGCGGGCACGGCCCCUUCCCCCCCCCCACCCCCCGUAGAGUAGGCAGGCUGCUCCGAGGCAAAGGUGCUGCUUGGUAAUGACAAAAGUGCCACGACCCCCCCCCCCCAGUGAUUCCCACACCAGCCUUUUUACUCUUAAUGCAGCAGCGCCCUUUCCACGCAGGCUCGGUAACACGUUUUCUUUACCUUGUACUCGUACAAUGGCAAUUAAUAAAGUCGAGCAGCCUUUUAAAA